AAACCAUGUUAUGCAGUCGUAGCUUGCUCUGGCUCUUGUGUUCUCUCCUCUUUCCUGUAACACAGCCUUCUCCCUCACUGAUAUAAAAAACCAUGGCUUCCUGUGGCGCCUUCCUUAAGCCAAACCACUCUCUGCUUCCAUGCCAUAAAACUUCAAGUCCAAAGCAUGAUAGCAUAAAACAGUUCUGUGUGAGAGCUUCAGCUAGUAGCACCGAUGAUGGGGAAAGGACAAUUAUAAGGAAAGAGAAAGAUGAGUGGAAGAUCAAAUACUCAAGCAAGAAACCAGUAACCCCUUUGCUGGACACAAUCAACUACCCAGCUCAUAUGAAGAAUCUUUCCACACAGGAUCUUGAACAACUUGCUGCAGAGCUAAGGGCAGACAUUGUACACACUGUUUCCAACUCUGGUGGGCAUCUUAGCUCAAGCUUAGGAGUAGUGGAAUUAACAGUGGCUCUGCAUCAUGUUUUCAACACCCCAGAAGACAAGAUUAUAUGGGAUGUGGGGCACCAGGCAUAUGCACACAAGAUUCUCACAGGUAGAAGGUCUAGGAUGCCCACUAUUAGGAAAACCUUGGGACUAGCAGGCUUUCCUAAGAGAGACGAAAGCGUACAUGAUGCUUUUGGGACAGGGCAUAGUUCUACAAGUAUAUCUGCUGGUCUUGUUUUUGUACAAAAAAUUGUAGGCAUGGCAGUUGCAAGGGAUAUACUAGGAAAGAACAACAGUGUCAUCUCAGUGAUCGGAGAUGGGGCAAUGACCGCUGGCCAAGCUUAUGAAGCCCUGAACAAUGCAGGAUUCCUUGACUGUAACAUGAUAGUUAUACUUAACGACAACAAGCAAGUCUCUUUACCAACUGCUACAGUUGAUGGCCCUGCAACUCCAGUUGGAGCCCUCAGUAGUACUUUAGCCAAAAUUCAAGCAAGUACAGAAUUUCGCAAACUCAGAGAAGCUGCAAAAACCAUUACAAAGCAAAUAGGAGGACAGACGCACCAGGUUGCGGCAAAGGUAGAUGAGUAUGCAAGAGGUAUGAUCAGUGCAUCCGGCUCUACACUUUUUGAGGAGCUCGGCUUAUACUACAUCGGCCCUGUGGAUGGUCACGACAUUGAAGGUCUGGUCACCAUUCUUGAAAAGGUGAAGGCAAUGCCUGUCCCUGGUCCAAUUUUGAUUCAUAUUGUAACAGAGAAAGGGAAGGGAUACCCACCAGCAGAAGCAGCUGCUGAUAAAAUGCACGGUGUUGUUAAGUUUGAACCAGCAACAGGCCGUCAGUUUAAGCCAAAAUCCUCUACUUUGUCAUAUACCCAGUACUUUGCUGAGUCAUUGAUCAAGGAAGCUGAAAUAGACAACAAGAUAGUAGGGAUUCACGCCGCAAUGGGUGGGGGAACAGGUCUAAAUUAUUUCCAGAAAAGGUUUCCAGACCGCUGUUUUGAUGUGGGGAUAGCUGAACAACACGCCAUUACAUUUGCAGCUGGAUUAGCCGCAGAAGGUCUCAAGCCAUUUUGUGCCAUCUAUUCAUCAUUCCUGCAACGUGGAUAUGAUCAGGUGGUCCAUGAUGUAGAUCUUCAGAAACUACCAGUUCGAUUUGCUAUUGACCGAGCUGGUUUGGUUGGAGCUGAUGGACCAACCCACUGUGGAGCAUUUGAUAUCACAUUCAUGGCCAGCUUGCCCAACAUGGUGGUCAUGGCUCCAUCUGAUGAAGCUGAACUGAUGCACAUGGUUGCGACAGCAGCAGCCAUAGAUGACAGACCAAGCUGCUUUAGAUUUCCAAGGGGCAACGGGAUUGGAGCCACCUUGCCGCUCAAUAACAAAGGAACUCCACUUGAGAUAGGAAAGGGCAAAAUUCUGACAGAAGGCAGCAGAGUUGCCAUUUUAGGAUAUGGUUCUGCAGUUCAACAAUGCUUGCACGCAGCACAAAUUCUCGAAGAACAUGACAUUUCUGUGACAGUCGCUGAUGCAAGGUUUUGCAAACCCUUGGAUAUUGAUCUCAUUAAGCUAUUGGCUAAGGAGCACGAGUUUGUCAUCACAGUGGAAGAAGGUUCUAUCGGAGGUUUUGGAUCACAUGUUUCACAGUUCCUAAGCAUAGCUGGCCUCCUGGAUGGACCGCUGAAGUGGAGAGCAAUGACACUUCCUGACAGAUACAUAGAGCAUGGAUCACCACAAGAUCAGAUGGAUGAAGCGGGACUUACAUCAAAGCAUAUUGUAGCAACAGUCUUGUCUCUUCUGGAAAGGCCAAAAGAAGCUCUCUUAUUCAAGUAAAAUCAUAAAUGGAUCAGAAUCUUCACCUGGAACCUGGAAGAUAAAUCAUAUUCUUAGAAGGCUCCAUGCAAGUCACAAAAAGAUUUUAACCAAGCCUUACAACAGAAAACAUGCAAGUCACACAAUUGAAGACUCAAAUUUGCUGGCCAAAUUUCAAUAAUUGAAUCCGGUCACAGACCCUGUCUAUAUGUCAACUUGUAGUUAUGAUAUAGUUAUUUUAUAAUAAAUUCUGUUUCAGUUCGUGUUGUAUAUCCACAAUGAUUAUGUCAUCUUAACAAUGGUUCCAAUUAGUGGCAGAAGCUCAAAUGGUUACCAGUCGA